AUGUCAACAAUAAAGACCGUCGCAGUCCUUGGUGCCAGCGGAAAUGUCGGCAAAGUUGCUGUCCCAGCGUUACUCUCCGCCGGCUUCGUCGUGACCGUCAUCGCCCGCCCAGACACCACCUCGACCUACCCCAAAGGCGUCACCAUCAAGAAGUCAUCCUACGAUGACCUGGACACGCUCACACACGUCCUCCAAGGCCAAGACGCUCUUGUCGAGGCCUUCAACCCCGCCGCAGCCGCGCAUCAAGGCGUCAUCGUCCGCGCCGCUCUGGCCGCCGGCGUCAAGCGCCUCAUCACGCCCGACUUCAGCACCGAUUCCUUCUCACCCCAUGCCGCAGAAGUACAAAUCUUCGAACCCAAGCACAAGGCACAGAGGGAACUUGAAAGCCUCACAGCAGCACCUGGCUGCACUCUCACCUGGACGGCCAUUGUCCUGGGCGCCUGGUUCGACUGGGGCAUCCAGACGGGCUACUUCUGGGUCGACAAGGACAAGCGAACCGUUACGCGCUUCGGCUCGGGCAACCAAAAGGUGUCGGUGAGCCGCGUGGCUUCAGCCGGCGAGGCGAUCGUGGCUGUUCUCCAGAGCCCGGACAAGUAUCGCAAUCGCGUCGCUUACUUUGCAGACUACGCCGUCAGCACGAACGAGCUCAUUGCUAUGCUUGACGAGAUGUCGCCUGUUGGGGAAUGGCAGGUUGUCGACGUCCCUCUUGAAGACUACAAGGAGGAGGCGACUGCGCUGUGGGAGCAAGAUACGAAGAAUGGCGUGACGAACCGGCUCUUUACCAAGGCCUAUGCCAUGUUGGGGACUGCGGCGCUGUUUGAUGAAGAGAAUCGCUAUGAUGGAGAUUUCUCUCACAAGCAGGAGCCUGGGUCAGGUCGGCCUCUUGAGGAUCUGAAGGAAGAUCUCAAGAAGUUGCUGGGUUACGAUUGA